AUGGGAAACGUGGAGAACAGCCGAGUCCAUCACCGUCCAGCGCUCUGUAAAGACGGACUUCGUGACAGCCUUUCAUCCCUCAUCAAAGCCUCAAGUGGAGCAGCAGACUCUGGGCCUAACCCCUGUAACCUGCACACUCUGCGGGGAAAUGGACCGAAGGGACCGGUCCAGAGCUUGGGAAACCUGGCUGCAUCCCCGACUGGCAGAUUGGGUUGGAGGAGGCGGGGCGGAGCAGGGGGGGGGGUGACCUCUAUGACAAGACAAGACAUUGCGGGCUCAGGAGGUGGGGAUUUAAAGCGCUUCCUGGAGUUCACAGGUCACAGCUAA